AUGAGGCCGAGUAUGAGGCGUUGAUAGGGGGCCUGAGAUUGGCCAAAACCCUACAAAUCACAUGCCUCAGGAUCAAGUCCGAUUCAAACUUGGUGGUAGGCCACAUCAAUGGCAACAUUGAGGCCAAAGGAGAGAAAAUGCAGAAGUACAGAGACUUGGCAAGGGCACUAUUGAAGGACCUGACUGAGUAUGUGAUGGAGCAAAUCCCUAGGGGGGAGAACACCGAUGCUGACUUACUAUCAAAGUUGACGCAAGCAACCCCAGAGCAUGUGUCCAAGCUGGCCAGAAUUGAGACGCUGGAGAAAGCCAGCAUUGAGGGGUUUUCUGUUAGCGUGAUAGAAGAAGAUGGACAGGCCAAUCCAGAUCGAGUGGAGCCAGAUGACAUUUGGAUGGAUGAUCUGGUCAGGUAUUACAUGACUGGGCAAUUCCCUGAGAAUGAAGACAGGGUAAGAAAAGUAAAGUUGAGGGCUCCAAGAUUCCAAAUGCUAGAUGGAAGGCUAUACAAAAGAGCAUUCGGUGGUCCAUUGCUAAGGUGCUUGACCAGGGAAGAGGCGGAAAAAGUGAUCGCUGAAGUUCAUGAGGGUGUCUGCGCCGCCCACCAAAUGUCCAGGACGCUCGCGCAAAGGAUCAUUUUGCUAGGUUAUUUCUGGCCUACAAUGAACCAAGAUUGCGAGAGAUAUGUCCAGAGGUGCAAGAAUUGCCAGGUAUUCUACAAAUUUCCGGGAAGGCCUGCAACAUACUACCACCCAGUUUCCAAUGUUAUUCCAUUCGCAAGGUUUGGGAUGGACAUCAUUGGGGCCUUCCCUCAAGCUCAAGGGAGAAAGAAGUAUGUCAUGGUCGCUAUCGACUACUUCACAAAAUGGGUGGAGGCCGAGGCAUAUGCAACCAUCACAACCAAGCAGUGCCAGCGCUUUG